AUAUUAUUAAAAUUGAAAGUGUGUUUUUAUUAGUAAAUUAUUAAAAGAAAGAAAUUAUAAAUUUUUAUUAUAAUAUAAAAUGAUUUUAAAAUUAAAUUAAAUUCAAAUUUGAAUACAAUAAAUAAAUGAUCGCAUUUAAAAAAUAUUAUGAAAAAAGUGAAAAUUAUUCAAAUUUUUUUUUGUAUUAUAUAAAAAUUUUGUUUUAAAAUGCAAUACAAAAAAACUCUUUAAUACUUUAUGAAUGGAAUAACCAUAAUAAAAUAAUUAUUAUCUUUUAAUCUUUUAUAAAAUUCUUUUGUUUUAUAUGAUUGGAUAAUUGCAGAAUAUUUGGCAUACUUUUUUUAAAAUAUAUAAGAAUGAAUCCUUUAAUAGUUUUAUUGUAUAUUGGCAUUGCAGCAAUUAUAAAUGCAACAAUUGCAUAUGGAUUUAUAGCAGCUACAGAUGCACAUAAAUGUAAAUAUCUUAGAGUUGAAAAGAAAUUAAAAGUUCGAUGUUAUCGUAUGGAUUUAAAAGAUGUUCCACAAUAUUUGACAUCAAGUAUUGAAAUUCUUGAUUUAUCAUAUAAUAGAAUAAAAAAAUUAUAUAAAACAUCAUUUGAACGAUAUACGAGUGUACAAUCAUUACUUUUAUACGAUAAUAUGAUAAUAUCAAUUGAACCCGAUACAUUUUCAUCAUUAACAUUUCUUGAAGAAAUCGAUUUAUCGAAUAAUGGUUUAACAAUUAUACCUUUAGAAUUAUUUCAAUUACCAAUGGUGCGUAAUGUUUAUUUAGACAGUAAUCCUUUACGAUUGGAUAACAUGAACGAAUUAAGUACACCAAUAGCUGCACCAUUGGAAUAUUUAAAUAUAGCUGAUUGUGAACUUCGUGAUAUACCUGAUUUAGGUAUUUUACCACAUUUAUGGCAUUUAAAUGCAUCAAAAAAUCCAUUGGAUUUAUUUUCAGUAACGACAUUAGGAACAAUGUGCCAUUUGAAGAGUAUUGAUUUAUAUGAAACAAAUAUGCCAUUUUGUGCCUGCCAUUCAUCAAAUCAAUAUUUAAAUUUUUUAGGUGUUAAAACAAAUUAUAAUUUUAACUGUGAUAAAAAUGAUAAUAAAAAUAAUAUAGAUCCAGAAUUAUGUCCUAAUUUAACAAAUUAUACAAUAAUGUCAGAAGAAUUUAAAACAUGUAAUUCCAUACAAAAAGCAUUUCUUGUUAUAACACCAAAAAAUAUUUAUUGGUUAAUUGGAGCUGGUAUUGCUGCAAUAUUAAUAUUAUUAACAUGUUUAUACUGUUGUAUUAAAUCGAUACGAAAAAAAUAUAAAAAACCGAAACCUAGACAAAAUUUAAGUCGUGUAGGCCGAUAUCAUAAUAGAACUGAUGAUGAAUUAUUAACAAGAACCAAAGACGAUAGUGGACUAAAUUCUAGUGGGAACAGUAUACUUGGUUCGUCUUACACAUUAAUGUGUAAUGUAGAUCAAUCAUAAAACGAAAACCUGUUUUUUUAAAUUAUCCAAAAUAAAUGUUAAAUAAAAUCAAUUUUAUUUUUUCAAAUAUUUUCAAAUUAAAUUUAAUUUUAAUUUAUUUUUUUCCCUUAAAAAAUUAUGCUGAAAAACAUGUGUGCAUUGUGAACUUUUGCUUCUAUGUGGGAAAUAUUAAUGCAAUUGUAAAUUAUAAAAAAUAAUUAAAUUUAAAAUGAAACUGAAAACAAGAAAUAUUAAGAUAUUGUUAAAAUAAUUAUGAAAAUUUUUUAAAAAUUAAAUUUAUGAAUAAAUAAUAAAAACAAAUUUGUUUUGUGUCAAUUAAUAUAAAAAUUUUAAUGUAUAAAUUUACAAAAAUAGUUUAAAAAAAAAUUUAAUAUAGAAAAAAUUUAUUAAAAUUUAUUAAAAUUUAAUAAAAAUAAUUUAUGCUAAUAUUGAUGUUUGAAA